CACAGGCUGAACGGUAUUACAAUAGAACACAGCAGCGCUUAACGAUCGCUUAGCUCGGCAAUACAUUCUAUUACAGACUAAUUUUCUGCUGAUCUGAAAGCACGCAGCGGUAGUAUUUUGGGGGGACUGAUAUUAGUGGGAAACCUAGGUUUCUUUCGUGUUUUAUUUCACUACCCUCUGGGAAUGCUUACUCAGAACAGGAUACAAAAGAUCUGGAUUCCUUCAAAGGAUGACAAACCGGCAGUGCCCCGGCGAUGUAAGUAGUAGCCUAACCUGCGCUGGCAUCAGCACCCAUCUGAUUCAUUCAGGUUUCAUUUAGAAAAAGUCCAUAGGAUAAAUGUAUUACUUGGCAUUAUCUGUGAUAAUUAUGCUAUUGAUUAAUUCACAAUAAUCAGAUAAAUAAUCUAAUUGAGCCUAUAAUAAUAGCUACAAUGUAACAGCUGGUUGGAAUAUUAGGCUAUAUUAGCGGUCCAGGUUAGGGAGACCCCAGACAGGUCACCAGAAAUUGUUGCAAAAUGUAGUCUAUUGAACUUUAAGUUCAAGGGUGCACAGAAUGUGUAAAAAUUUUUUUUAAAAAUGUGAUUGCAUGUUUUGAUGCUUAACUCGCAUGGCUUUAUUUUCAAUGGGCUGUUAUGGGCCUAGCUUGCCUACUUUUUGAAACCAUUCAACAGAAUAAUUUCAAAGCAGCUUAGUUUUCAAAUUAACCUACCGAAAAAAGUACACUGUGUGUAAUUACUAUAAUUAUACUAAAAGUUCCUAGAUAGCAUAUGCACUAUUAGCCUAGCCUAUCCAAACUGGCCAUUGGCACGCAGCCAGGUCAGGAUUCACAAGUAGCUAUAGAGAGUAAUGGUUGAUCGUGCUCACCAUAGCAACCACUCAAUAUCCCCCAUCCGGUCCCUAGUAUCCACUAGUUACUAUAGCCACAAAGUCAAACAAAAAAUAGCUUUUUGUUCUUCAUUUAAUGUUAGAGCUAGGCAUAAAGUUAGCAGUGUGGUAAGGGUUAUGUUUACAAUCACAUUUUAAGAAGAGAAAUUGUAGAAAUAGGCGGCCUGUAUGACUUUGUGGCUGUGGUCCCGGGGGCUCCCCGCUCUGCUCGUGACAGCCAGGAACCGGUGUGUGGGUGGGCGUGUCGAGGGUACUUCACAUGCAGACGCAUCGGGCUCGGAUUGGACUAACUGUCGUGCGUGUCCGCAUGGCGCGAGCUGGACAAUGGCCGAGAAAUCGCAGAAAUGGGCGGGGUUUAUUACUUUAUGGAUGUGGUAACUAGUGACGACAGUUUGUAAAGAGCCGACUGAUCAAUAUCAACUGCCUGAAUAGCCACUGCUUAAUUCACUGACGUCAGUUUAUUUGUCAUGCUGCGUGUCAUACAGAGGUGAAGGAAUUUAUGCCGCGUUCAUAACAACGGUGAACUCGCAACUCGGAAAUCUCUGACUUCCGACUUCAGUGUAUUCAAGACAACUGGGAACUCGGAAAAAAAACUAGCUCCGACUUGGAAAAUCGUUUUGAACGGUCAUCCAACUCGGAAUACAAGUCGGAAACUCGGGCAUCUUUCUAGAACUCCAACUUUCACUGACAACAGGAUUUGACCUAGUUUUUCCCCGAAGUUCCCAGUUGUCUUGAAAGCACCAAUAGCUAGUGACGUCUGUAUCACAUGGAGAUUCAGUAUAGGUGAGGUAGGCAAUGAAAACUAAUGCUCACAAAGUCCUAGCCUGUAAACACACAUACACACCAUCAUAGGCAUUGUAUUAAACCACAAUAACAAAAUCUUUAGCUAAUGCCGGAAUCCCACCUCAAAAUAAAAUAAAAUCUAAGUUUAUUUGUCAUAUACACAGGAUACAUUCCUGUAGCUCAGUUGGUAGAGCAUGGCGCUUGUAACGCCAGGGUUGUGGGUUCGAUUCCCACUGGGGCCAGUAUGAAAAAUGUAUGCACUCACUAACUGUAAGUCACUCUGGAUAAGAGUGUCUGCUAAAUGACUAAAAUGUAAAUGUAAUACAAAACAGUGCAAUCAAAUGCUUACUUGCGAGCUACCUCUCAACAGUCCAGUGAAAAAUCUAAGAAACAAAUAACACAAUAAGGCACCUCUUCCCCAGUCUAAGCUAUAUCUCACUUCCCUGCAUUGUCUCCAUAAACCCUUUCAUGCCUUAAAGACUGACUUGCAUUCACUCAUGCACAGUGGUCCUGACAUUGGAACCAUCUCUCUAGCAGGAGGUUUAUCAGCCGACUGUUCAGUCAGGAUGGGGGAGAGACAGCUUCAGCAGUGUCUCUGCUGGUAGAUGUACCGUCUUGACCUCUGGGGAACUGGGGAAGGGUCUACCUGGGGGCAGCAGAGCAGACAGACAGGGGGGAGGGAAUUAGUAUUAGGGCUGAUUACCUGUGUCUAUCCACUCCCAUGACCAUGACUAACCACCUCGCUGUGCUGCAAGGACCAGUCAGACAGACAGAGCCUCAGUCUCCACAAGUCUAUAAGACACUGAAUGAGGGAGAGCAAUGGAGAGAGAGAGAGAUAAAGUGGGAUGCUGUGAAUAUAUGAGGGAAGGAGAGAGAGGGAGGGGUGGAUAGAGGGAGAUGGAGAAUGAGAGAGGGAGUGAUUGGAGGGAGAGAUAGCUUUAUAACUGUUUUUCCGUUGAGGAGGCACUGUGUCUUGGAAAAUGGAUUAGAGCUGGUAGGAGCGUGUGAAUGAGAGGCAUUAGUCACUGGAUGAAAAUGCAGUAAUGUUUACACUGUAGACAGGUAUUGGCCAAUGAAACAACAGUCAUGGUAUGGGUGCCAUUAGAAAAAGACCCUGGAAAAUAAUCUAGUAUCUGAUGCACAGGCUACAUGUCAGUUUGACAUGAGAUAUCCUCAGGGAGAAACUGGUUUUAGCUUGACUUUUGCAUUAGAUUGCACACUCACGUGAGCUAUUCUCUGAAUACAGUAUGCAGUACAGCGGGGAUGUGGGCUGGAUGUGCUGUGAUGCAGAAUCGAUGCCCCACUCAGGCUCUGUUGCUAGGGCAGCAAGGCACGUUCCUGGGCAGCACGUGGGUGGGCUCUGCGGCUGGAGUGGCAUGGGGAGGACUCAUGCAGUCACAGAAGGGCCCUGAUCCCGUUCUGUAGGGCUAGGGCAGGAGGGCUAGAAAUCGGGCAACCGGGUGUCAGAAUUGGGGCAGUGGGCUUAUUCAGACUGCUGUUAGUUUAUUUAUAUACUGGAGAGGAAUAGAAUCUAAAAUAUGGGUUAGAUUCAGAAUAGAUUAAGAAAUACUAAAGGUUUGUGCGGAUUAUAUGCAGUGUCAUUAUUGUGUGUAAAUUGAGAGUACACAAUUUAUCAGGUUGAUUGUGUGUAUGGCUAUUGAACAAUAUUUGAAUCUCUCUCUCUGUCUCUGUGUGUCUGUGUGUCUGUCUCUGUCUGUCUGUCUGUCUGUCUGUCUGUCUGUCUGUCUGUCUGUCUGUCUGUCUGUCUGUCUGUCUGUCUGUCUGUCUGUCUGUCUGUCUGUCGCUGUCUGUCUGUCUGUCUGUCUGUCUGUCUGUCUGUCUGUCUGUCUGUCUGUCUGUCUGUCUGUCUGUCUGUCUGUCUGUCUGUCUGUCUGUCUGUCUGUCUGUCUGUCUGUCUGUCUGUCUGUCUGUCUGUCUGUCUGUCUGUCUGUCUGUCUGUCUGUCUGUCUGUCUGUCUGUCUGUCUUGUCUGUCUGUCUGUCUGUCUGUCUGUUCUGUCUGUCUGUCUGUCUGUCUGUCUGUCUGUCUGUCUGUCUGUCUGUCUGUCUGUCUGUCUGUCUGUCUGUCUGUCUGUCUGUCUGUCUGUCUGUCUGUCUGUCUGUCUGUCUGUCUGUCUGUCUGUCUGUCUGUGUCUGUCUGUCUGGUGCUGCAUUACUUAUCUGGUCUGUCUGUCUGUCUGUCUGUCUGUCUGUCUGUCUGUCUGUCUGUCUGUCUGUCUGUCUGUCUGUCUGUCUGUCUGUCGUCUGUCUGUCUGUCUGUCUGUCUGUCUGUCUGUCUGUCUGUCUGUCUGUCUGUCUGUCUGUCUGUCUGUCUGUCUGUCUGUCUGUCUGUCUCUGUCUGUCUGUCUAUAGCAACUGGGGGCCCCCACCUGGCCAACCCCCCUACAGUGAUUGUGAUGGUGGGUCUACCAGCCAGGGGGAAGACCUACAUGUCCAAGAAACUCACCCGAUACCUCAAUUGGAUCGGCAUGCCCACCAAAGGUACACAGCACACACACACACACACACACACACUCAACAAACACACUGCACAUAAUGAGUCACAUCAACAGCUGUAGCUAACAGAUUGGUAACGUUAUUAUUGGUCAUAAUAAUGUGCGUCUCACUGCCCUAAAAUGACCUCAAUUUUAGAAAUGUUUAUUUGAUCUUAUUGUUGAAUUUAUUCACUAAGAGGAAAGCUGGGGUUAAGAGGGUGGAGGUUGGAUUAUUGUUCUUGAAUCUGAAUUCCUGCCAUCUCAUCCAGUUCAUUUUCCUCUGUUUUAGUUUGCAGAUUUACCACAAACUGGGCUUGGGCUCAUUUUUCUCCCUCCAGAACAUUCUAUUUACCAUUGUUAGUUUGUUCCUUGCCUCCAGUCUUCAACGUGGGAGAGUAUCGCAGAGAAGCAGUCAAGAACUACAGCUCCUACGACUUCUUCAAGGCUGACAACGAGAGUGCCGUGAAAAUCAGACAGUGAGUCCAGCCCUACUCCCCAUCCUACUCUGUAUUUUACCAUGACAAGUUCUGAGCAUCAUGUGAUGUCAUUGAUACUCUAGCAUUGAUCAUCAGAGUGUACUUGAAACAAGGCUAACAGAGAUUAUUUAUUUGAUUCCAUAGACAAUGUGCCUUAGCAGCUCUGAGGGACGUAAAAUCUUACCUGACAGAGGAGGGAGGGCAGGUUGCAGUCUUCGAUGCCACCAACACUACUCGUGACAGACGAGACAUGAUCCUGGACUUCGGCAGUGAGAACGGCUUCAGAGUCAGUGGUGUUUCUAUGGUUACGAGAGGAUUGAUGCGAUUUACAUGGAAUGACUCAAACAGAGACGUGAUCGAAUGACUCAUGUCUUUCAAUGUAAAGAUGAUGAAAUGACUCUAAAUGGUUCUCCGUGUGUGUGCAGAUCUUCUUCAUCGAGUCGGUGUGUGAUGAUCCCAGCGUCAUCGCCACAAAUAUCAUGGUGAGUCAGAAAUCUGAACAGAACAUGUGAAGAAACAUGUUAUUGGUUGGCUCAUGUUCCUGCAAGGUUCCUCUAAUGUUGCAGCCUGAUGUUAGCUACUGAUGUUGUAAUAUCUAUAAUAGUGUUUUACGCUGUCACCUAACCUUCUACUUCCUCCCAUGACAGGAAGUGAAGGUGUCCUGCCCAGACUACCAGGACUGCAACAAGACAGACGCCAUAGAAGACUUCCAUAAGAGGAUAGAGUGUUACAGGGUUCACUACGAACCCCUGGACCCAGACCAGUAUGACAGGUAGCCCCUAAACCUCAUCUAGCUUAUUCACUGUUCAUACCUGUUGACCCUAGCUACUGUUUACUGUGUGAUCUGAGAGUGGCUUAAACCUGAUUUAGAAUCAGUUUGGCCUUUUAGAUAAUAAUAAAUAUGAUUAUAUGGAACUCUGAGACUCCUACUCUGAGACGUUUUGUGAAUUCAGGCCCUAGACUAAACCUGUUCUAACCUUCUCCGUAGGAACCUGUCCUUCAUCAAGGUGAUAGAUGUAGGCAGAAGGUUCCUGGUGAACCGGAUCCAGGACCACGUCCAGAGUAAGAUCGUCUACUACCUGAUGAACAUCCACAUCCAGCCCAGAACCAUCUACCUGUGUCGCCAUGGAGAGAACAUGCACAACCUGGAGGGACGCCUGGGGGGAGACUCAGGGCUGUCGCCAAGGGGGAGAAAGGUACGAGAGUAGAUACACACACACACUAGGUUGACACAUAAACACACACACACACACACUUUUCUGGUCUCUUACUCUCUCCCCCUUUCUCUCUGUGUAGUUUUCUGGGGUGUUGUCGAUGUUCGUUAACGAGCAGAACUUGACGGAUCUGAAGGUGUGGACCAGUCAGAUGUGUUGCAGCAUCCAGACUGCUGAGAGCCUAGGAGUUCCCUACGAACAGUGGAAGGCCCUCAACGAGAUAGACGCUGUGAGUCACACACACUAGAAUAGACUACUCACUGGAGUGUGUGUUGCUUAAUUUAAACAGCUCUAAUGUGAGGUGUGUGUUGUGUGCACAGGGAGUGUGUGAGGAGAUGACGUACGAUGAGGUGAAGGAGAAAUACCCUGAGGAGGUUGCCCUGAGAGACCAGGACAAAUUUUACUACCGCUACCCCACGGGAGAGGUUAGCACAGUACAAUAUACUACUAGAAUCAACCUGCUACUACAAACUCCUGUACAGUUACACAUGGUCCUAGUUCUAGUGUGUCAAAUGCUGCGAAUCGAUGUGCCUGUGAAAGUAUAAUGUUAACCUUUCUCUCUUCUCCCUCCCUCCCUCCAGUCGUAUCAGGACCUGGUCCAGCGGGUGGAGCCAGUGAUCAUGGAGCUGGAGAGACAGGAGAACGUUCUGGUUAUCUGUCACCAGGCUGUGAUGCGCUGUCUGCUGGCUUACUUCCUGGAUAAGAGUGCAGAGGAGAUGCCCUACCUGAAGUGUCCCCUCCACACGGUGCUGAAGCUCACCCCCAUUGCCUACGGUGAGAACUUGUGUACACUUUUCACAUUACUGAGCCAAGCCAAUGUGACCAGAACAUAUCAGAGACAGGACAGUACGGUUCAGAUUGGCUCUAUAGUCUAAAUCGGGUAUUAGGAUCUCUUGUAUGGUCUACAGCUUGUCUACGGCAGGAGAAAGGUCUAAAUAUCUGUUCUGACUGUGGUGUGUGUGUGUUUUCACUCGGUGUGCAGGCUGCAAAGUAGAGUCCAUCUCGCUCAACGUGGAAGCGGUGAACACACACAGAGAGAGGCCAGAGGAGAUGAAGAAGUAUCCUGGGACUCUGAUCAGGAGGAACAGUGUGACUCCCCUGACCAGCCCAGAGGCCAACAUCAAGAAGCCCCGCAUCGACGGCCUGGACGAACACCUCCAGGCGCUGCCCCCCUCGCCCAUGUCCCUCUGCACACCUUCCCAUCUCACCUUGGCCGGACAGGUGAGUGUCUGUCUCUCUCUCUCUCUCUCUCUCUCUCUCUCUCUCUCUCUCUCUCUCCUUUGAUUCCUCAAAACAACGGAAGGACAUCUCUUAUCCCUCUCUUCUGCUUUAAGCAUUUUUCCAUUCUCUUUUCUUCACUCUCUUAACAUUCACUCUUCUUUUCUUUUCAUACUUUCUUCCUUCUCUUCUUCACCAUGCAGCACUGGCUGGGCAAAGUCUGCCUGUAAGUACCUGUCUCUCGCUCGCUCUCUCUCUUUCUUUCCAAUCCUCUCCCCCAUAGCAUGAAAUAGAUCAUCCUCAGUCAGUGUUCCAUUGAAAGUACUGUGUAAGAUCCCAGUCGUUUUCCCAGGCUAGUUUCUCACAGACACGCUACAAUGUUGUCAUGAAAACUGUCCCGUUACUCCCUGAGGAAUACAUGUGCCAAGUGCCUCCCUCACGUCCUGUGUACCAUUCCAGCCUCCCAUUCCUUCUAGCUGAUGUCAGAGCAUUGCACUAGCAUUGCUAUCUGCAUGUUACUACACCAACCCCUACACACUGUUCUGUCACUCACGUCGUUAGAACAUUUAUAUUUGUUUCCCCGGGGGAAUUGAACCCACAACCCUGGCGUUGCAAGCGCCAUGCUCAACCAUUUAAAAAACAUUUUAGUCAUUUAGCAGACGCUCUUAUCCAGAGCGACUUACAUGCGCAAUUAGGGUUAAGUGCCUUGCUCAAGGGCACAUCGACAGAUUUUUCACCUAGUUGGCUCGGGGAUUAGAACCAGCGACCUUUCGGUUACUGGCACAACGCUCUUAACCACUAAGCUACCUGCCGCCCUUUACAACCAAUUGAGCUACAGGAGUCCAUUUUCUGUUCUGUUUAAAGACCUCUGCACCAUCCUUCACUGUCUGAAAUGGGUCUCUCUUUUAGUGUUUCAAAAAUAAAGCGAGAAAGCAUCUAGAUUUAGCUGUCAGCUUAUUCUGUAGUAGUAGUGUUGUUGUGUCUCAGACUGUGCAGGUAUAUGUUGACAGGUGAUAAUUAUUCAGGGUGUGGAAAGAUCCUGUCAAUUUAAGUCACAAUCAGAAGGGGCACUUAGACACUGAGUGUGAAAAACAUUAAGAACACCUUCCUAAUAUUGAGUUGCACCCCCUUUUGCCCUCAGAGCAGCCUCAAUUCGUCAGGGCAUGGACUCUACAAGGUGUUGAAUGCGUUCCACAGGGAUGCUGGCCCAUGUUGACUCCUAUGCUUCCCACAGUUGUGUCAAGUUGACUGGAUGUCAUUUGGGUGGUGGACCAUUCUUGAUCCACAUGGGAAACUGUUGAACAUGAAAAACCCAGCAGCGUUGCAGUUCUUGACACAAACCGGUGCGCCUGGCACAUACUACCAUGCCCUGUUGAAAGGCACUUCCAUCUUUUGUCUUGCUCAUUCACCCUCUAAAUGGCACACAUACACAAUCCAUGUCUCAAUUGUCUUAAGGCUUAAAAGUCCUUCUUUAACCGGUCUCCUCCCCUUCAUCUACACUGACUGAAGUGGAUUUAACAAGUGACAUCAAUAAGGGAUCAUAGCUUUCACCUGGAUUCACCUGGUCAGUCUAUGUCAUGGAAAGAGCAGGUGUUCUUAAUGUUUUGUACACUCAGUGUACAGUAACACCCAUAGACAAGUAAAUAAACAUACUCUUACACACCUAUUGUAGCUCUAUAGUUAGCUGUUGUGGUGUACUUAGGCGUGGGAUAGGGAGAUUGGAUAAUAGUUUUUGAGCCCACACAUUGUUUAAAUUUACCAUGGAAUAGGAAUGAGUAGCUCAUCGAGGCUUCAGACGACAUGGAUGAGCCAAAACACAACCUCUGUCAUGUUAUGUCAUCUCAUGUUAAGCCUGGAGUCACUUAGCCUAUGGGACAGGAUCUUUCCCUCACUUUAUGCUUUAUGUGUCUUGUCUCACAGAUGACUCUUAGUUUGUUUGUCAUAUUGUAAUGGUUUCCCCAUGUCUUCUUAACCAUUUUAUGCUUUUGUUUCCCUCAGAACAUGAAGAGAAAGUCCAACGAUCGCCAUGAGAUCCUGCAGCUCUGCCAAUGA